CCCCUUUCUUUGUUUCAUUUGGCUUGCGCGAUUCAGAAUUAGGGUUUCAUCUUUGUGGAGCCCUUUGGCCGUAGCCGCCUGUCAGAGAGAGAUUACUCCUUUCCUAGCUUUUCUCUUCCUCUCUUUUCUUGAAAUCGAAACCUCGAUUCGCUUCUGUAGCUGAGCGAUUUGAUCAAAACACAAACACUCAAAACCAUACAAAGCUUUUAUAUUAACCGAAGAUGUCUCGGUGUUUCCCUUUCCCCCCUCCAGGUUAUGGUGCACGUAGCGAGGCCUUGAUCGAAUCGAUUAAGCUCCGAGAGGAGAUAGAGAAGAAGAGGAGGGAAAAGAUAGAGAAGAAGAGAAUCAAGAAGGAGAAGAAGAGGGCGAAGGAGGAGAAGAAAGAGAAAAGGAAAGAGAAGAAAGAAAGGAAACAUAAAGAAGGAACAACUGCAGCUACUAAUGGCAGUGACGAUGACAAGAAGUUCAAGCUCAUUAACGAUAUUAAGGAAACCAAAGCAGAUGGGAAGUUUCCAAAGGGUGAAGUCUGUGACAAUGAACUACUUGAGAGGAGUGGAAUUACAGAGGAACUUGAACAACCUGUUACUUCUCGGGAGCCUUGCUGCUUGUCCGACAGUACUCAAAGCAGUAAGAGGAAGAGGGGCUCCCCACAAGCGACUCAUGAAAAUGGACCUGCAAUUAAAAUCCGACUUCCUUUAAGAAAGCACAGUGAUCCUGAAGAAUUGAAUUCCAAAUCAAAAUUUAAUGUGGGGUCUUCUUCAGGAAAUGCGGGGGAUAUUGAACAUCCCCUAAAUAAAACUGGCCUUGCUACUGAGCAUCAGUCAAAAUGUGUCACAAACACAGGUCCCAAACGGUCUAUUGGAAAAUCUGAUUCCAGCAGUGGCAAAGUGUUGCAGAGUUCUUUUAGUGGAAAUGCACUGGUUACUAAGAGUACUGUUGGAAGUCACAGUCAGUCACAAUGUCUCAGGACUUCGGAGCCCAAACGGGUUGUUGGAAACUUGGAUUCUAGACAACCCAAAUCUGUACACAUUUCAGUUCGUCCUGAUGUUGUGGUGGCUAAAGAUACCAUUGGAAAUGAUAGUCAGUCACUGUCUCUCAAGACGACAGAGUUCAAAGGGGUUUCUCUUGGAAACUCUGUUUCUAGACAUGGCAAUGAAAUGCAGAAUUCUGUUCAUGGAGAUUGUGUAGUGGUAAAAAACAAAGUUGGAAGUGAGCGUCAGUCAAAAUCUCACAGAACUGCAGUGCCCAAUGGUGUUCUUGGAAAAUCACAAUGUCUUCAGUUGGAAGAACCCAAACGGGUUGUUAGUAACUCUGACAAAGCAGGACACAAUGAUCCUCAGACUCUGAGGAAUACCCAUCCCAAACGGGUUAAUGGAAACUCUGAUGCUAGACAUGGCAAAGCGGUGCAGAAUUUGGUUCAUGGAGAGGCUUUGGUGACUAAAAAUACUUCAGGAAGCUAUCAUCAGUCGAAAUGUCUUGCCAAGCCCAAACGGGUCCCUGAAAAACCUGAUUCUAAACAUGAAGUGUUGCAGAACAUUGUUCAAGGGGAUGCUGUGGUCACAUAUAAAGCAGUUGAUGAUGCCAUGGUCACAGAUAAAGCAGUUGAUGCCAUGGACAUAGAUAAAGUAGUUGGUGAUGCUAUGGACAUGGUUAAAGCAGUUGAUGAUGGUAGUAAGAAAGUGGAAUCUUUGUACAAGUCUCUGUUACUUAUUCCUCCACUAACGUAUGAUGGAUUUGAGUCAUUAGAUGAAGAUUGGCUAUUUAGUUCGGAAGCAGAGUCAAGACCACGUGCCUCAAAGAAAAUGAAGUGUGAUUCUGAUGUCUUCAAGCUUUCAAGUUCUAUGUGGCCUCGUGCAGAAUACUUCCCUGAGGUCGAUGUGUAUGCGCUGCCAUAUGCAGUUCCAUUUUGAUUCUUUUGGAUUUUUUUUUACACUAGGUAGUUUCAAAGUAGGAAGCUGUGUUCAAUUUGACAGAACCGGAGCACUAUUGUUUUUUCUGAAAGAGAAAAACACUUACAUGGCAUGCGGAGAAAGAUUGCCUAACAUAUUCUAAACGUGAAUGAUGCAAUUUUGUCUUCCAUACCGAACAUAGAGUAUUUGCAGAAUGUACAUAAAUAUAAAUAUAUAUAGAUAGAGAUAUUUGUUAUGA